UCACUUUUACUCUCAAGUCCUUCAAUCUUGAAUGCUAUUGAAACGAGCGCCAGUGGGCAUGGCCCUUCUAGGUGGAAUGAUCGACUAUAGUUGGAAGCAGCAACCACCACGAGACUUCUCAUUCAAAGGAGCGAGCUCCUAGAACCAUCCACCUCAUCCGUAACUCAAUUCCUCGCCUUCACCUUUGGCUGGGUCAACGCCGCAACGAUGACCGGUAACACGCUGACCAUCUCACCGAGACCUGCAUAGGCUGGAGGAAUGCGGACUUUGACAAAAGCUCCUCCUGCGAGCAAGAUGGCAAGCAUAUUAUAGACGGCCGACCAGACGAAGUUGAAGGUGAUGCGUCGGAAUGCGGCCUUGGACACAUCCAAUAAAUUGACCACGCCGUCGAGAUUGCGAAGGAGGACAACGUCCGCCGUGGCACGCGUGACAUCCGAGGAGGACUCGAUCUGGACCCCGACAUUGGCUUGAGCCACCGCGACAGCGUCAUUUGUCCCGUCUCCGCAGAAAAGUGUGACCUUCCCGGCAUCCAUGAGUUGGCGUACAUAGUCUUGCUUCUGCGCCGGGGUUCGCUCUGCAGCGAUGUUGUCCAGAGGAAUCCCAAGGUCUGCUGCUACACCUUCCACGACACGGCGCCCAUCGCCACUUACGAUAUGAACAUCGAUGCGCCGUCGGUGAAGCUCUUGAAUGAUACCGGUCGCUCCUUCACGAAGCCGAGACUUCAGCCCGAAUAUUGCAGCCAAGCAGCCAUCGACCGUGACGCAGAGAACUGUCAAACCUUGUGCCGCAAAGUCGACGACCUCAGGCCUCUCGCUGAUAUUGAGCCACUUUGCAUUCCCGGCACGGAUUGUCAAUCCUUGCCACUUCGCUUCAAUCCCACAGCCAGGAAUGGACGAGACUCCCUCCAUCUCUGUCUGGCCGAGGCCCCGUGCAUCAAGUGUUUUUGCCACGGCUUCAGACACUGGAUGUUUGUUGCUCUUCACCAUUUUCAAAAUCAAGGAGAGCAGGGUGUUUCGGCCAGUUCUGUCAGUGGGGAAGAGUUGCUCUUUCACGACUUCAAGGCUUGGCUCAGUCAAUGUUCCAGUCUUAUCAAAGACCACGUCGGUGACCUUGAAGCCACGUUGGAUGACAUCCGCAGUCUUGAUGAUGACACCUCCACGCGCAGCCACCCCUCCAGCGACGACAAGGACCAUCGGAACCGCCAACCCAAGCGCACAAGGACAAGUGAUAGCCAGGACCGCAAUGGCAUAACCUAUAGCAGUUCCAAUAGCGUCACCAGCAGGUUGUUUUCGAAUCUUCAGCACAACCAAGACCCAGACGGUGAAGACAAUAACGGCGACCGUGCAUACAACAGGGACAAAAUAUCCCGCUACCUUAUCUGCCAAGUCUUGGACGCGAGGUUUGAAACUUUGUGCUUGUUCAACCAGGUUGGCAAUAUCAGUAAUGGUAUUCCUCCCUGGCAGGCGAGACACCCGUGCUAUCAGUCUUCCGCUGCCGUUGAUAGUUCCUGACACAACAGAAUGUCCAGCGGUCUUGAAAACGGGGAUACUCUCGCCUGUGAGCAUUGCCUCAUCCACCUCACUCGCUCCUCCAAGUACAUCAGCGUCGGUGACGAUCCUUGAAUGGGGCAGUAUUGAGAUUCUGUCUCCGUAUUGAAGCAAUCGAGCAUCGAUCUCUCUGAUUUGUUCUGUUGUUGGAUCGAUGAGCAGAGCUGUCGAUGUUUGUAGAGAUCUCAACGACACAGCCUGCACCGCUCGUUUACGAGCCCAAGCCGCAAGAAGCCGACCAAGGAGGAUCAGCGUGACCAGCAGCGUACUCGUCUCGAAGAACGGUUUGGUCUCCAGGUCGAUGCCCGCAAAGAAGAGGCCAGUGGCAAUAAUCGAAUACACAUAUGCGGCUGUAAUGCUGAUGACCACAAGCAUGUCCAUCUCUACAACUUUGUUGUAUACCAAGGACGACAUGGCAGGAAUGUAGAACUCGGAAACUGCAAUUGCUUGAACCAUUGUGGCAAGGACUACGGCAACAAUCAGAGUGGUAUGCUCGGAAACACCUGAGGGGCGGCCCCAUUCGAGUACAACAACUGGGGUUGUCAGUAUAAAGGCUGCGGUUGUCAAAGCAGAGACUCGAAUGAGCCUGCGCUUCCCUUCAUCAAGGUAUGAGUCGCCGCGGGGAGGACCGAGUUGACCGUCAAUACCAGCGAGCAAGUCUCUGGCACCAAUCAUGCAUGGGUCAUAGCUGAUUUCAUAUGUUGUCUUGGAAAGCUUCUCGCAGCAUUCGACACCAUGAGGUAGGUUGUCUUGAAACCUGUUUGCUUCUGCCACACUCAUAACGACAUCGAUACACUGGGUGUCGGAAGAGAAUGGGGUCAACUUAUAGCCAGUGGCCCUCUGGGCACUGCGGAUCACGUUAUCGAGGGUGUUGACUUCGGUGUCGAGGCGGAAUUCGGCAACUCCACUGAUGAAAGUGACCUUAACGUCCUUGGUACCAUGCGCAGUUUGGAGUGCUCGGGUCAAGUUGUUCGCGCAGCCAGAGCAGUCCAUCCCAGUAACAUUCAGGAGAAUGUGUGAGAUCCCUGCUGCUUUCUCGAUGUCCACCGAAGACUUGAGAACGGCCUCAUCCUCGAAUUGAACUUGAUCAAGGCUCUCAUGGCUGCCACAGCAUUUUAUCUCAGGUUGUGUUGACGAUGAAUUCUGUGGCGCCUUCUUGAGACGGCGGCGAGACAAGACAGAUCCGUGCUCUUUCAUAUUGAGGUGAUGACUGUGGGAAGUGCUGAAUGCAGAGACGCCGAUGGAUGGAGGCUGUGGGCGGCAGGACUCAAUACGCCUGGCAGAGGAAAGAAUGCUUCGACAGAUGCACUGAGCUGACUCAAGGUAUGUGGCAUACUUCUCCAUUGCUGCUUUAAGAUGGACGUUGCAAGGCUCGUCAAGGUGGGUGCCAUCUUCACCGUGAGCAUGCUCGUGAGCUGCGCUUCGGAUAUGCUCGCUCGUCGCGUGUCCUUCGGCAUGACCGUGAUGGGCAUGAUUUCCAUUGUCGCAGCCAUCGUGGUGGACGGCCUCUUCGUCGGUUUCGUGGCUGUUUGUUGCGCUCGAACACUCUCGCUGAUUGACGCACGCCAUGGAGCACUCAAUGGCUGCGACAGUCUUGAUGCAAUUUUCUUCGAAUCUGAAUCAGCACAACCCCGGGGAAGGAUACUGGGCCUUACCAUUGCAUCUAUCGUCCUCACCGCACCGACUGAUGGUGCCUACGUCGACUUCCGAUGCUUCCACUGCCGAGCUGGUUGAAUCACAACAGACGCGGUGAGCCAACGUCGAAAGCGUCGCCACCGGGCUUCCGCAGCAAUUAACGAGGCCGUUGGUGGGCUUAUCGGCGCCGGAAGAGGUCAUCUUGAUCCUUUGGCAGGGCUGUCAGGUUCUCCUUCUUGGGUUUGGAAAUGGACAAGGGAUAUUCCAGCGUGGGUGUUGAUGGCUCUCGAUGAGGUGAUGUUUCGGAAUGGAAGCCUUCUACCGGCUCUCGGGAACGGUGAGUUGGCUUGGAGAAUCUGACUUGGUCUACGGAUCUAGACCCGACUGGGAAAUUUCAACCGCAGCCACUUGGCACCGCACUGUGCUGGCCAAACGGCGUUCAGUCGACGAGAUCAAGUGUUGCACAGCCUACCAACUGGAGGUCCACUGAAUGACGGCGUCGAUGGUUACAAUCAUGGACGGGGAUGGAAGCAAGUGAUGGUCUCAACCCCCGAGCGACACCUCUUUUCGCCGAAAAGACGUGACUGAUCAGGGGAAAUCUCUGCAGCCCAGGCAGUAAAUGAAAGCCGUUAUUUGAUUCUGUUCAUUGCUGGGCAAGCACGGACAAUCACCGGCAAGUUUUACAAGCCCUUAGACCUACUAGCCUGCGGCUUACAAACGAGCUGCGACUCGUUAUUGUUUCUUUCUUUCACCCUGCACGACCCCUUAAUCCUCGCCUUGGAGAGAAUUUCGAGGUUCUCUUGAGCAGCUGCUGCGUUUUCUCUUGCGAAUUCUAGCUUCUGUCUGUCGCCUAUCGUCAGCACAACCUUUUUCCGCGGUAUUCAGGAUGGCUCUGCGCCUGUCCAAGUCAACCAAGCUCAUUUUACUCCUCGCCAUUGAUAUACUCUUCUUUUUGGUGGAAUUGAUCGUGGGUAAGCUCAGAGCUUUGGAUUAUUCUAGUUGCCCGACUAGCUGACUAUCCUUUUACAGGCCUCAGCGUCCAUUCCCUUGCCCUCGUUGCUGAUGCCUUCCACAUGGUACCCAUUUCCGACCUAACUACCUUAUGAAUCUCCUUCUGACCAGCCCUACCAGUUCAAUGACAUUCUGUCGUUGCUAGUCGGCCUCUGGGCUAUCCAAGUCGCAACAACACACGAACCAUCUCGCAUCUACACAUAUGGCUGGCAGCGCGCUGAGACACUCGGUGCGCUGGUCAAUGGAGUAUUCCUCGUUGCUCUCUGCAUGUCGAUUCUCCUCGAGGCAAUCCAACGCUUCGCCGAACCUCAAGAAGUCUCCAGCCCGAUAUUGAUUCUCGUGGUCGGCUGCAAUGGCCUCGCUUCGAAUGUUCUCGGCAUGGUCCUCUUACAGUGGCGCGAGGAACCUGAGCCGGAGGGUUUGCCAGAUCAGGAACGAACAAAUAUACAAACGCCAUCACCACACUAUCGUGAGUGUCGACGGGUUGCGACCCUGUCACAGAUCUCGGUGCAUCCCACGACUUUGCGUUCCGAUAUCAUCGCGGCUGGUCAAUUACACCGGAUCCCUGCCAAUAGCAAGCAUGAAAGCGAGACCCAACCACUCCUUGCGCCUCCCCCGAUCGUCUCUGCAUCUGAAGGCCAAGCAGAGUCUGUGGAUCUACACAGGCACCAUAUACAUAAGCAAAAUGACGGCAGCAAAACAAAUGACAAACAUCAUGACUUGAACAUGACAGGAGUGCUCUUGCACGUUCUAGGGGAUGCUGUGGGCAAUAUUGGUGUUAUCGCCUCAGCCCUGUUCAUCUGGCUGACCGACUUCACCUGGCGCUUUUACGCCGACCCCGCUGUCUCUGUUCUCAUCACGGUUGUCAUUCUACAUUCGGCGGUCCCACUGGUGGUUGCGGCCUCCCGCAUCCUCUUGGAAGCUGUUCCUGAGGGUAUCAACGUCGAUGAGAUCAAACAGGACGUCAUCGCACUCCCUGGCGUUGCGGAUUGUCACGAUUUGCACGUCUCCCAAUUGAGUGACUCCAACGUGAUCGCUACCGUCCACAUCGAAGUUGACUACAAUGUCAUCAAGGACAACCACGAGCAGUAUCUUCAGUUGGCCGGGGCCAUUCGAGAUUGUCUUUCUGCUUAUGGUAUUUCUACUGCUACCAUUCAACCAGAGUUCUUCGCAUCAAGAGUUGAGAGGACAUCUGCAUCACAAGACACAAGCCAUGCAGGGCCUGCCUGAAUCUAGACGUCGCACGAUAAUUGAUGUCGCCUUUGGGAUACACCGUCCGAUCAAUGGUGGAUCAAAACAUUUUGAAGCUCUAUUGCCAAAUACUUUCUUCCGUAGCUCCUUUCGAUGUCAGAUAGUUACAUUGCUUCUCUCGGGCCGUGGCCGCAUUGUAGCUUUGUCUUUUCAUAAACCUUUCGCACUUCCUAGACUAUCAUCAGCACAUCCUAAUACACUUAUCCCGAGCUGAAGGACGUACAAUGGCGG